UUAAAAGAAAAAAUAAAAAGAGAAUAAAGCCAACAUGGCCACUAAACCAUUUACUCGUUUUGUUGAGCAAAAAUUGGGAAAGCUGCCACUCUUUUUGAUGAAUGUAUUGCUUGAAUGGGUGUUGAUAAUUCUUCUUUUCCUUGAUGGGUUUAUUGCACUUUUUGCUAAUGAAUUAGCUGUGUAUUUUGAAUUGCAAAUCCCAUGUUGGUUGUGCACUAGAAUGGCACAUAUUCUAGCUCAUAGAACUCCAACUUUUUAUUACAACAAUUGUUGGUGUGAAUCUCACAAGAAAGAGAUUUCUUCUUUGUUUUUCUGCACCCAACACAAGAAGAUCACUGAUAUAAGGAAGAUGUGCGAAAGGUGCCUGUUUUCAUUCGCGAACGGGAAGGAUUCCGAUUCAGAGACAUAUAAGUCUCUUCUAGGGAUUCUUCAGAGGGAUCUAGAAUUCUUUGUAGAAGAUGGACAAAAAGUUCACUUGAGCUUGAAGGACGAUGGGAUCAUGCAGUUUGAGAAAGGCAGGAUUCACAAGUGUGCAUGCUGUGGAGCGACAUCAACCAAGUCUUCCGUCUCAAAGGGGAAGAGUUCAGGUGCCCACUUGCGAGCUCCGGCUGCCUCACCGCGAGCUCAUCCAAACACCACAUCAAAGAAUGAGGAAUCCAGUGGUCUUGAAUCGCCUCAUGUCCGAUCCGCAGCACUCAGGCUUCUGUCAGAGAAUGAAGAUGGCAGUGGAAAAACUCUAAAGAUCAGAUUAAGAGAAGAAGCAAAAAGUACCUCUUUGCCUCCAUUGGCAGAAGGUGAGGAAGGAAACAGUGAAACCACCCCCAAAACAACCCCCUCUUUUGCAAAGGGUAUCAAGUUCUUUGGUGAGUCUCCAAGAAGCCCAACUUUCUUAAAGGGUGGCAAGUUCUUUUGGCUCCCAAUUUCAGACUCUCCGAGCAACAGUCCUAAAUUGUCUUACAAGAAAUCACCACUGGAAAAAACCGAAAUCGCCACUGAGGUUGCAGAGGGAUCUACUCAGAGUAGGUUCUUCUGGGUUCCAAUAACAGAUUCAACUUCUACAAGCACCAGCCCCAGAUGGACUACUAGGAAAUCGCUACUGGAAAAGACAGAACAGGCUGGCGAUUCUAACGAGGCAACUGCUCAAACUGAAGGAGAUGAUCCCAACUCGCUUCUUAAAAGGCAGGUUCAUAUGGAUCAUAAAUCACUCAUGGCUCUUUGCAUGGAGUUGGAUGAAGAAAGGAAUGCUUCGGCUAUUGCUGCGAAGAACGCCAUGGCGAUGAUCACCCGCCUGCAAGAAGAGAAGGCUGCAUUACAGAUGGAUGCUUUGCAGUAUCAAAGAAUGAUGGAGGAGCAGAUAGAGUAUGAACAAGAGAACUUGCAAGCAACCAAUGAAAUGCUUGCUAAACUAGAGGAGGAAGUCAAAGCUUUAGAAAGCGAAUGCGAUGUUUACAGAAACAAGUAUGGAGCACUUCCGGAGGAAGAGAUCAAGGAAGCUCAAUUAUCUCAUGCUGAAGCCGAAGGAGGUGAGGAUAAUAAUAAUAAUAAUGGAGAAAAUGACCCCAAGAAAGGUGUUAAAGCAGAGAAAACAUAUCUUCUUGGCCGGAUGCUGAAGAAGCCAGAACACAAGAUAGAGGUGGCGGCAGAAAGUGGAGACCAAUCCUUACAAAAUAAGAAUAAGAAGCCAGAACACAAGACAGAGGUGGCGGCAGAAAGUGGAGACCAAUCCUUACAAAAUAAGAAUGUAGCCGAGAAAGAGAAAGAGAAAGAGAAAGAGACAGGUGAUGAAACAAACACUAGGUAGCUUUGAGAUUUCUACUACUAGUGAUUAUUUUGGUUACUUCAUUCCAUCCCUCACAAUGCCUGUGUUGUCUAGGGUUUUACUAGUUUAUAUUACUAUUUUCAGUACUUCCCUAUUCUUAUUAUUAGCAUGUACUUCUAUCUCACAUGUAAUAAAUCCAAAUUAUACUACUGCUGUCUCUGGUUGUAAGCAAAAUGUUAAUGUAACCUUUUGUGAGAGAACAUUAACUUUGUAUUUUUUAUCCUAGUGCAAAUGUAUAUUCUUAUGUUUGAUCUUACUGCACUACUUCUAUACUGUCUAUACCAUUCUAUUCUAUUCUUCUAUUCUAUGUCUAUCCUGUUCUAUAAAGCCAUCGAAGCACUUUCACUACACCACAACUCCACAAGUACAUUCUCAAUUUUGCAAUUAGUGAUAUUUUUUAAAAUUUCUUUUACACGCAUAAAAUAUAGUCAUUUCUUCUUUUAUCCAAAAAAAAAAAAUUCCUUAAUUAGUUUUAUAUUAAUUGCUAUCAAUAAUUCAAUAUUCUCCAUGCUUACAAAUAUAAUUAAAUAACUAUAAAACAAUGGAAAAAACGGCUGCCUGCUAAUGCAUCCUAAACUCCUGAAGGAGCAAAAAAGAAGAGAAGUUUUUUUUUUUUGAUAGAAAAUAA